CCUCUUCUCCUUCCUCCUUCGACAUCCUCGUCCCUCUGUCUCUCUCAUCUCCCCUCAACUGGACAUCCAACGGAUCAUCCCUUUCCUCUGAUACCCAUAAAGCUGAUUGCAGCAGAGACAGACGAACGCAGAGAACAAGGAGGAGAAACCCUGAGAUCCCACAGCUCAAGCUCAAGCUCGCUUUGCGUUCCCGAUUGAUUUGUUGAUUGGUUGCUAAUCUGUGGGGGGAAUCCUAUCUCAGAUAGUUUCAGACGCGGAGGAGGACAGGAUGUACGUCAAGGCGACGCCGCCGACGGAUCUGAACCGGAACACCGAGUGGUUCACGUACCCGGGCGUGUGGACCACCUAUAUCCUCAUUCUCUUCUUCUCCUGGCUCUUGAUCCUCUCAGUCUUCGGUUGCUCCCCCGGCAUGGCCUGGACAAUCGUACAUAUCGCCCAUUUCGCCGUUACAUAUCACUGCUUUCACUGGAAGAAGGGAACUCCUUUUUCUGAUGAUCAAGGGAUUUACAAUCGUUUGACUUGGUGGGAGCAGAUAGAUAAUGGCCAGCAACUCACUCGGAAUAGGAAGUUCUUGACUGUUGUACCUGUGGUGUUGUACUUGAUAGCCUCACACACGACAGAUUACAGAAAUCCGAUGCUCUUCUUUAAUACCCUGGCAGUGUUCGUUCUGGUGGUGGCAAAGUUCCCAAACAUGCACAAGGUUCGCAUAUUUGGCAUAAAUGCAGAUCAUUGAGCCACAAUGGAGCAUAAGUUGUCUGUGCUCUGCUGUGCCGAUCAAAGAAAAUAACCGGUGAUGUUUGGCAUUUGAAGUAGCAAUAUAGCCGCAAAUUUUGGAGCUGCAAAUACCCCACCUUUGGCCCCUUCGUCAAAGUGGGGAUUUUGCUUAUGGUGUUCUCAGCCUUCACACUGUGUGAAAAUCUAUACCAUCAAAUGUAGUUUGGAACCGUAAUAUAUGUAUAUUUGUUUCUUCUUUUCAAAAAACAGCAGCUGAUGAAUCUUGUUGCUCCUAUCAUGCUGAUCUGAAAUUUCUCAACUCUGAAUAGUGCUUCAUGAUACACUUGCUUCUGUAUGGAUAACAUAUGUAUUUCAUUUUUGGGUACUGCUACUCCGGUAUUGUCGCUUCAGUA